AUGUGCUGCGUGACCUUGGACAGCGACCUGACCCCGGUGGGCCCCAGGCUUCUCAUUUCCCCGGGGGCUAGAGCCCAGGCGGGGUGCGGCGGGGGUCCCCCUGGAGUCCCGCCGCGCGGCCGCCGGGUCGCCGCCCGCCCCCCACCCCCCACCGGCGCUGUGCGGGCGGUGGCAUCGCGCUCUCGGCGGCGCCCUGGCCUCGGCGCCCGGCACGGAACGGGUGCGGGGCUGGGCCAGGGCCGGCCCCGGGGGGAGCGGGCGGGGCGGGGCCGCCGCGCCCGCUCCCCCUCCCCGCCGCCCGCCGCCUUCUCCUGCUCGCGCCGCCCGGGCUCAGAGCGGCGGCAGCAGCGGCCGCGGCAACAGCUCGGCCCCGGCUCCGGCUCCCGCUCGGCCCCGCUCGGCCCCGCGCGCCCGGGCCCCGCGCCCCGACCCCGCCGCCGCGCCUGCCGGGGGGCCUCGGGCGCCCCCGCCGCCCGCCUCACGCUGAAGUUCCUGGCCGUGCUGCUGGCCGCGGGCAUGCUGGCGUUCCUCGGUGCCGUCAUCUGCAUCAUCGCCAGCGUGCCCCUGGCGGCCAGCCCGGCGCGGGCGCUGCCCGGCGGCGCCGACAACGCCUCGGCCGCCUCGGCCGCCUCGGCCGCCGCCGCCGCCGCCGCGUCCCCGGGCCCGCAGCGCAGUCUGAGCGCGCUGCACGGCGCCGGCGGCUCGGCCGGGCCCCCCGCGCUGCCCGGGGCGCCGGCGGCCAGCGCGCACCCGCUGCCGCCCGCGCCCCUCUUCAGCCGCUUCCUCUGCACGCCGCUGGCGGCCGCCUGCCCGUCGGGGGCCGAGCAGGGCGACGCGGCGGCCGGCGAGCGCGAGGAGCUGCUGCUGCUGCAGAGCACGGCCGAGCAGCUGCGCCAGACGGCGCUGCAGCAGGAGGCGCGCAUCCGCGCCGACCAGGACACCAUCCGCGAGCUCACCGGCAAGCUGGGCCGCUGCGAGAGCGGCCUGCCGCGCGGCCUCCAGGACGCCGGGCCCCGCCGCGACGCCAUGGCCGACGGGCCCUGGGACUCGCCGGCGCUCAUCCUGGAGCUGGAGGACGCCGUGCGCGCCCUCCGGGACCGCCUGGACCGCAUCGAGCAGGAGCUCCCAGCCCGUGUGAACUUCUCAGCGGCCCCAGCCCCUGCACCCGCGGUGCCCACUGCCCUGAACACCAAGAUGGACGAACUAGAGGGGCAGCUGCUGGCCAAGGUACUGGCCCUGGAGAAGGAGCGAGUGGCUCUCAGUCACAACAGCCAGCGGCAGCGGCAGGAGGUGGAGAAGGAGCUGGAUGCGCUGCAGGACCGCGUGGCUGGACUGGAACAUGGGUCCUCAGCCUACAGCCCCCCAGAUGCCUUCAAGAUCAGCAUCCCCAUCCGCAACAACUACAUGUACGCCCGUGUGCGGAAGGCACUGCCUGAGCUCUACGCCUUCACCGUCUGCAUGUGGCUGCGCUCCAGGUCGGGGGGCAGUGGCCAGGGCACGCCCUUCUCCUACUCGGUGCCCGGGCAGGCCAAUGAGAUUGUGCUGCUGGAGGCGGGCCACGACCCCAUGGAACUGCUGAUCAAUGACAAGGUGGCCCAGCUGCCUCUGAGCCUGAAGGACAAUGGCUGGCACCACAUCUGCAUCGCCUGGACCACAAGGGAUGGCCUGUGGUCUGCCUACCAGGACGGGGAGCUGCAGGGCUCCGGUGAGAACCUGGCCGCCUGGCACCCCAUCAAGCCUCAUGGGAUCCUUAUCCUGGGCCAAGAGCAGGACACUCUGGGCGGUCGGUUUGAUGCCACCCAGGCCUUCGUGGGUGACAUUGCCCAGUUUAACCUGUGGGACCACGCCCUGACACCUGCCCAAGUCCUGGGCAUUGCCAACUGUACCGGGCCACUGCUGGGCAACGUCCUCCCCUGGGAAGACAAGCUGGUGGAGGCCUUCGGGGGUGCAAAAAAGACCACCUUUGAUGUCUGCAAGGGGAGGGCCAAAGCAUGAGGGGCCACCUCAUCCAGGGUCCCUCCCUUGCCUGCCAUUUUGGGGACCUUACGGUGGGGGCACACGUUCCCUCCUCAGCCUACCCACACACUGGCCUUCCCUCCUGCCCUGCUCCUGGCCAUGCCUCCUGUUUCCCCCACCUAUACCCACACCUCCAGAAUGCCCUGCCCUGCAGUGGCUGUCCCCUAACCCCACUUGGAUGGGGACAAGCAGCUCAAGCCAACAGGUCAAGCCUGGGGUGAGUCCAGGGCCUGGUGGGGGUGAUAGCAGUGCCCACAGCACUGUCCACCCUCUCGGCAUCACACUGGAGCGGUCUCUUACCCCCACCCACCCUGGCCCAUCCACCACGUCUGAUGCCACUGAUCUCAACAGCAUGUCCCAUGGGGUCAUGUAUGGAGGAAGGGCCCACUAUCUCAGUGGCAGGCGUGGCUGUCUGCCCCCCUGUCCCCCAUGCACCAGGCCUGGCCCCUUCCCCUUCAGGGCCACAACAAGCUCUAGAGCUGUCCCCCCAGCUGAGAAAGGGAUGACAGAGACAUAGGAGACUCAGACUCACCCCUCCUCCAUCUUUCCACCCGUUGCCAGUGAAGGGCAAGGGGAUCUUGAUGGAGCCUCCUGCACCCUCUCUCUUCCUCCUCUUUCCUCGUUUCUUUGUGUGCAGUGGUUUGAAUGUUGGUUCCAUGCCUGGCCCACCCCCACCUCAAUUCCCAGGACAUCUCCUUCCCGGCUCCAGCCUGAGGGACAAAGACCCUGGGAGGCCAAAAGGCCAUAGUCACCCCUUGUGCCCACCCACAUGUGUGCUAACUGGCAGGUCACCUCUCCUCCUCCGUGCCCAGGACAGGGCCUGGGCCACUUCAGCCUGGGCUGGGAGCAGCUUGUGAGAGAGGCAUGUGCCCAGGGGACCCAGGUUAUGGCAUAGCCACAUUACCUAAUCCCUCUGCAUGGCCCCGAAGCCUCUGGGGAAAGAAGGGAGAAACCGAGUGGGCAAAGAGGGGAGAAGCACAGAGUGGUGUACAGAGCACUGGAUGAGAAGGAGCCCAUGGUUCCUAGCCAGCCCGGCUGCUCACCUGCUGUGUGGCCUUCUGUAAGUCCCUGCCUUCUCUGGCUUGGCCUUCCUCAUUUGUGAGCUGAGGCCCUUGCUUUGGUCAUUUCUCCAGAUCAAACAUGAGGUGGUCUGUGAUUCCAAGUGGAUCGGGUGGGGCAAGCCUGACGCUGCCUAGGAACCAGGGGCAGAUCCUGAGAGUAGGCAGCAGAUGGCAUCUGGCCGGGCAUGGGUCAGGGUCAGCAGCUGCCUCCAGAGAGUCAGGGGCAAGGGCAAGGGGCAAGGCAGACCAACCUCAUGCACAGAUUGUAAAAAACAGCUUUUCUGGAUCACCCCCGCCCCAGCCUGGCACCCUUGCCCAUCUGAGAGGGCUGAAGGCUUCCAGCUUCCCACCCUGAGUCCUCACCAGCUCCCCCAAGAUAGUGGAAGAAUGUAAAAGCUAUAAUGUAAAAGAAUGAAAAUACCCAGUCUGACUUCUUGCUUGUGUAGAUGGGGAAGAGCUCCGAGAGGUCAAGUGACUUACACAGGACCACACAGCACAAUGUGGCAGAACCAAGACUAGAACCCAGGGCUUCUGACACCCUCUUCAGUGCUCUUCCCCCCUACACCAUACUGCCUGCCCAUGAGUGUCUUUGAGUCCAGCCCUCACCUUAGAGGACAGACAUUUUAAAGAGGUCAGAAUGCUUUCCAACAUGAACAUCUUCCUUUAUGAAACACACAAACAUCUUGGCAUCGAGACCCCCACCACCACCACAGGAAGUAGGGGGAGGAGAGGGGUGAUCCCCAGGCACUCUGGCAGGAAUGGAAGGCAGGUGUUCCCUCUGCCAGUCACCUACCAGGUGUCUGGGCAGCUGCAGGCUACCUGACUCGAGCAGGUACCCGUGCCUUUUGGCCCGCUUUCUGUUCCCUGUCUCUGUUCCCCACCACCACUUAACCUGAGGCAAGAUGCAAGAGCUGCAGGCUGUGGGGCCCAUUGCCAUGGAGGCUUCUCCAAGACUUGUUGCCUCCAGCCCCCAGUUCCCUCCCUUGUUGCCAGUUCAAGAGCACAAAUAGACCGUUCAGCACCACGGGCCCAACUCCCCCUAGAAGAAGAAGCGAUGGCGUGCUUCAGCCAGAACCUGCUGAGACCAAGGUUGCCCUGGUAACAGCCAAUGACAUCAGCCUAAGUGCUGGGUCAAGCGUCUCUUAAUGACAUAUGCUGUUGCUGGGGUGACAGCAGAUUCAGGACCCAGAUUCCCGGGACACUGGGCUUUAUUGGGUUUCCGUUACUGGUUUUAAGGAAGCAGCUUUUGUGGAGGCCUUGGGGAAAGAAAGGGUCUAGGAGGGAACUGACAGAACUUGAGCUUACCCAGAGGCAUCAUCCCAAGUCCCUUAUGCUUUGUCAUGGUGACAAAGAUGAGACAUCUGACCUUGGUCCCAUGCUGAGUCACCCUGGUCAGCCCUCCAGAGGGCACAGGAACAAAUUAGAGGCGUUGAGGUGCAGGCUGUGAGUCUGGGCCAUUGGUGAGUGGCCUGGGUGCCCAUUUCCAUUCCAGGAAGGUGAAAGCCCGAAAGUCCCCACCCCUCCUUCGUCCACUGAUGGUUCUUCACCUUUGCCGAAUGCCUGCUGUUUGGACGCCAGCUCUGGUCGUCUAGCUACUCCUGGGCACAGCCAAGAAGACGGGGAAAGAGGAGCUGG